GGCACGAGCAAAUGAAGAAGAUAAGGUGGUCUUGUGCGCCCUAAUCCGUAUACAAGAAUAUUCACAGACACAAUCUUUUUCAAUUCCCCUAAAAAUCUCCUGUUAAGGUUUCGGAGCAUGUAGCAAUAUAUAUUAAGAAGGAAAAAAAAAAUGGCGGUUUUAUCUCUCACUACGGCGACACUUCCAGCUCAGUCUCGCGCAUCCUCCCUUGUCAAGUUAGCCACCGACCCUCUUUUCGGCCGCAGACGAGUCACCACCGGAAAAGCGCGACUUGCCUCAUCAUAUUCCAAUCCCACGAUUUUGAAGUCCAACCGCCAGUCCAGGUCCAGCCAACCGCCGUCCCUCUAUGACACGGAUGACGACGAGGACGGCACUGAUGCCGAAGUCGAUGACGACUGGUGUAGUGAAGAUGACUUUGGGGAUAUUAAAAUCUCUGAGGCUGACAGACAGCGGCUGAAGUUGAAGAGUGUUGCUAUCAAGGGACGAGGCAACAUUAGGCACACAGGAAAGGGAUGGGAUUUGGAAUCAUCAAAACCUGCCCAUAAGCUUGAGAAAGGUCUAGAAAAAUCACCUGUGAAGGACAUUAUACACUCUUCAAAGAAGAUUGCUAGAGAUUAUUCGAACAGUAAUUCCCUUAAAUCGAGCAAUGUCACAGCAAGAGUAAACUCCCAGGAAAAGGACGAAGGAAGCUCUUUUAGUAGCAAGUUUUGUAAUCUGUCAGAAGAACUAGAUUUACGCGAAAGACAUUUCCUGCUCCUUGAUUAUCUGAGCACUUUCGGUCUCAAAGAAUCUCACUUCAUCCAGAUGUAUGACAGGCAUAUGAAAACCCUUGAUAGCAAUGUUAAAUCAGCAGAGGAAAGACUGAAUUACUUGUUAAGCGUCGGCGUUAAACACAAAGAUAUCAGAAAGAUAAUUUUGAGACAGCCUCAAAUUCUGGGGUAUUCAGUGGAAAACAAUCUCAAGUCCCAUGUUUCUUUCUUGAGAAGCCUGGGUAUUCCUGAGUCCAGGGUAGGGAAUAUAAUUACUGCCACCCCCUCGUUGUUCAAUUACAGUAUAGAAAAAUCCUUGAAGCCCACGGUUAGAUAUUUGCUAGAUGAAAUAGGGAUACCUGAGAAGGAAUUAAGUAAGGUUGUGCAGCUAAGUCCUCAAAUUCUGGUUCAGCGUAUAGAUAACACAUGGACUUCUCGUCUAAAUUUUCUGAUAAAAGAAUUGGAUUCUCCUAGACGAAAUAUUGUAAAGAUGGUCACAAAGCAUCCUCAGAUCCUUCACUACAGUGUUGAAGCUGGACUGCUCCCAAGAAUCAAUUUCUUACGAAGUAUUGGUUUGCGAAAUUCUGACAUAUUGAAAAUAUUAACAAGGCUCUCACAGGUAUUCUCGCUUUCGCUGGAAGGAAACCUGAAGCCCAAAUAUAUGUACUUGAUCAAUGAACUUAGAAAUGAGGCCCACUCUUUGACCAAAUAUCCAAUGUACCUAAGUCUGUCUCUGGACCAACGGAUAAGGCCCCGCCAUAGGUUCUUGGUUUCAUUGAAGAAAGCUCCAAAAGGGCCAUUUCCUUUGGGCUCAUUAUUCCCAACUGAUGAAUGCUUUUGCCAGAAGUGGGCGGGAACUAGCUUAGAUAAAUACUUGGAUUUUCGCCAGAAGCUGCAUUUCAAAGAUUUUGCCAAAAAGUAUGGACGGAAGUGAAUGAGGGAUUUCUCCUUCCUAACAUUUUGAUUAUGGUGAAGAGCAGAUGUCCUCUUCAUGUAAACAAGAUAUAUUUUUCUGCGUGCAUUAGACGAGCAGGGUAGCUACCCAUGGCCUUGAUUCAGUCUCUUUCUAAGGCUGGCUAAACAAUUUGAUGAAUUCUGCAAGGUCUGUGUCCUAACUUCUGCUUAUGCUAACAAUCCAACCCCGUGCACAUCCAGUCUCCUAAUACCAAGGUCCAUGUUGGAAGAUUGAUCUCAAUUGAGGAAAUAGAUCUGGAGUUUGUCGCUGAGAGCCUCACUUUGCUAAAGAUACAUUUACUUACCACAUAUUCUUGUGUUUACUCCUUGUAGACAUCAACAAUUUUGUGUUCAAAACUCAAAAUUGAGACUUCAUUAUGCAGUAAGGGCGAAAGAUUGAGCUAGUUGCAAUAUUGGUCAAGUAUAAGGACACGUUUGUUAGGCUGGUCAAGACAAGAUAAAUUUUAUCUUGUUUACAAAGAUUGCAUUGUAGAGAUAUGGUGCAUACUAUAGUUUGUUAUGUAUGAAUGACACAAGAUGUUAUGCAUUUGUUUUCCUGGAUAAUUGACAGGAUAAGUAGUACAUUUACAGAAAUAAAUUUAUUUUUGCCUUUCUUUUUCCA